AUGACACGCAAGAUCGUCAACCGCCAAGAGUGGCUCACAGCCAGAAAAGCCUUCCUGGAGAAGGAAAAGGAACACACCCGAGCAGGUGAUGCCCUCGCCGCCGAGCGCCGCAACCUCCCUAUGGUAAAGGUCGAAAAGACCUACACUUUUGAGGGCCCUGACGGCACUACCACCUCCCUUGCAGACCUCUUUGGGGACAAUGAUCAACUCAUCGUCUACCACUUCAUGUUCAAACCCGGCGACGAUGAGGGUUGCCGCGGCUGCUCUCACGUUGGCGAGUCGUUGCCUGACCCGCGACACCUUAACUUCAAGAACACUGCGUUUGCAUGCGUGUCCCGUGCUCCGGCUGAAAAGCUCGAGGAGUACAAGAAGCGCAACGGAUGGACCUGGCCGUGGUACUCGAGCGGCGACUCCGACUUCAACUAUGACUUUUUCGCCACCAUCGACGAGGCCAGGGGUCAAGAUCUGCUCAACUUUCGCACAAAGGACGAGGUCGAGGCUAAAGGUCAGACGUGGUGGGAGGGCGGUGAUGUUCCUGGGUAUAGCGUCUUUCUGAAGGAGGACGGCGAGAUCUAUCAUACGUAUUCGACGUUUGCGAGAGGUGGGGAGACGGUGCUGACGACUCUGAUGAUGCUUGACAUGACGCCUCUCGGGAGGCAGAUUGGCCAGUAUGGACCGGCCGAGUUUAAGCUCAAGGAUGAGUAUGCGUCUGCCAAGUAG